UGCUCUCAUCUUAUAACAAAAGCCCGACUCUCUCUCUCUCUCUCUCUCUCUCUCUCUCUCUCUCUCUCUCUCAGAAAUCUCUUUGCAACUCAGUCCGCCAUGGAUGAGGAAUACGACGUCAUCGUUCUCGGCACCGGCCUGAAAGAAUGCAUUCUCAGUGGCCUUCUCUCUGUAGACGGGCUCAAGGUACUUCAUAUGGAUAGGAAUGACUACUAUGGAGGAGAGUCAACCUCACUUAAUCUCACUCAGCUUUGGAAGCGGUUUAGGAGCAAUGAUAAGCCUCCGGAAAAUUUGGGCUCAAGCAGGGAGUACAAUGUCGAUAUGAUCCCAAAGUUCAUGAUGGCCAAUGGCACUCUGGUCCGUGUUCUCAUCCAUACUGAUGUUACUAAAUAUCUGAACUUUAAGGCCGUUGAUGGUAGUUUUGUCUACAAUAAAGGAAAAAUUUACAAAGUUCCAGCUACUGAUGUGGAAGCACUGAAAUCCCAACUAAUGGGUCUCUUUGAAAAGCGUCGUGCUAGGAAGUUCUUCAUUUACGUGCAAGAUUUUGAGGAGAGUGAUCCAAAAUCACAUGAAGGGCUGGACCUCACAAAAGUUACAACAAGAGAAGUUAUUUCGAAAUAUGGGUUAGAAGACAAUACAGUUGAUUUUAUUGGACAUGCUGUGGCGCUUCAUAGAGAUGAUCACUACUUGGAUGAGCCUGCGAUGGAUACUAUAAAGAGGAUGAAGCUUUACGCAGAGUCCUUGGCACGCUUUCAAGGAGGUUCUCCAUAUAUUUACCCAAUGUACGGACUGGGAGAGCUCCCUCAGGCAUUUGCUCGUCUAAGUGCUGUUUAUGGUGGCACCUACAUGCUUAACAAGCCAGAGUGCAAGGUAGAGUUUGAUGCAAGUGGAAAAGCUUUUGGUGUGACAUCUGAGGGAGAAACUGCUAAAUGCAAGAAGGUUGUUUGUGAUCCUUCUUAUUUGCCUGACAAGGUUCAAAAGGUCGGAAGAGUAGCUCGCGCAAUAUGUAUUAUGAAUCAUCCCAUUCCAAAUACCAGUGACUCUCAUUCAGUGCAGGUUAUUCUGCCACAAAAACAGCUGGGACGUAAAUCAGAUAUGUACUUGUUCUGCUGCUCCUAUGCUCACAAUGUAGCUCCAAAAGGAAAAUACAUUGCAUUUGUUUCUACCGAAGCAGAGACCGACCAGCCUGAGGUAGAACUGAAGCCUGGAAUCGAGCUACUCGGACCCGUAGAGGAGACAUUUUUUGACAUCUAUGACAGAUAUGAACCUUCCAACAAGAAUGUCGACGACAAUUGCUUCAUAUCUACUAGUUAUGAUGCAACAACACACUUCGAGUCCACAGUGGUAGAUGUGAUCGACAUGUACAGUCAGAUAACCGGAAAGGUCCUUGAUCUAACGGUGGAUCUGAGUGCCGCCAGCGCUGCUGCUGAAGAAACUCAGUCUUAGAUAUCUUCCUUUCUUGCUGGCUCGAAGUAUUAGCGAAAGACUUUCGAAAAUAUUCCAAAUAUUCCUUCUCCAUUGCCAUCAUUCCAUUAAUUCAUUCACUGUCAGAAGCUUGAAAUUCGCUCCCAACUUGGAAGUCUUUUCUUUAUUUUCAUUUAUUAAUUUUUUCUCAUUUCUGAUUUAAACCGUACGAAUCUUGAUUUGGUCAGUAUUGCUACUGAAUUUCAAAUUGCAGCUUCUGACAGAAGUUUGCUGAUUAGAUUUGCAUAUGCUUCUGGGCCUGUUAAUAAAAUCCUCAUGAUAUUUUUUUGGAACAA